GGCCGUUGCUGGGCAUGCUCCCUGAGUGCCCCGCACCAACAUGGCGGGCGUCUCUGCGGGGGUGACUCUAAUUUUCGGUUUUCGGUUAUAGCCGGCCGGUGCUCAUUACUCUUCAGAAGGCUCUGAGCGCGUGGUGGAGCCGGAGAAAGGAAGGGUCGGUUCGAGGGCGAAAGGUGAGAGGGGACUGCAGGCAUCCGGACCGGCUCCUGGCGGGAAGAUGGCAGAGGGCGAACGGCAGUCGCCGCCAGAUUCUUCGGAGGAUACCCCUCCGGCGACUCAGAACUUCAUCAUUCCAAAAAAGGAGAUCCACACCGUUCCAGACAUGGGCAAAUGGAAGCGUUCUCAGGCGUACGCCGACUACAUCGGAUUCAUCCUCACCCUCAACGAAGGUGUGAAGGGGAAGAAGCUGACCUUCGAGUACAAAGUCUCUGAGGCCAUUGAGAAACUGGUCGCUCUUCUCAACACAUUGGACAGGUGGAUUGAUGAGACUCCUCCGGUGGACCAGCCCUCUCGAUUUGGGAACAAGGCCUAUAGGACCUGGUAUGCCAAACUCGACCAGGAAGCAGAAAACUUGGUGGCCACAGUGGUCCCCACCCAUCUGGCAGCUGCUGUGCCCGAGGUGGCUGUUUACCUAAAGGAGGCAGUGGGGAACUCCACGCGCAUCGAUUACGGCACAGGACAUGAAGCCGCCUUUGCUGCUUUCCUCUGCUGUCUCUGCAAGAUCGGGGUGCUCCGGGUGGACGACCAGAUAGCAAUCGUCUUCAAGGUCUUCAGUCGGUACCUGGAGGUUAUGCGGAAACUCCAGAAAACAUACAGGAUGGAGCCCGCCGGCAGCCAGGGAGUGUGGGGCCUGGAUGACUUCCAGUUCCUGCCCUUUAUCUGGGGCAGUUCGCAGCUGAUAGAUCACCCGUUUCUGGAGCCCAGGCACUUUGUCGAUGAGAAGGCUGUGAAUGAGAACCACAAGGACUACAUGUUCCUGGAGUGUAUCCUGUUUAUCACCGAGAUGAAGACGGGCCCCUUUGCGGAGCACUCCAACCAGCUGUGGAACAUCAGUGCGGUCCCCUCCUGGUCCAAAGUGAACCAGGGCCUCAUCCGCAUGUACAAGGCUGAGUGCCUGGAGAAGUUCCCCGUCAUCCAGCACUUCAAGUUCGGGAGCCUGCUGCCCAUCCACCCCGUCACGUCGUGCUAGGAGGGGCUGAGCAGCUGGAGCCAUCCAGGCCGCAGUUCCUGUGCCUGCCCCCACCCCAGCCAUGGCCCCCUCCCGACCCCUCCCACUGUUCUUUCUGUUUGACGAGAGGCUGUUUCCUGGGGUGGUUGGGGAGCAUGGGUGUGAGGGAGGCUCAGCGUAUGAGGCUGAAGGACCCAAGUUGGGAGAAGUGACGGAGUGACUUCCCCGAUGGUGGGCGGGCAAGAAGACGGGCAGGGAUGGGACCCUGGGCCUGCUCCCGGCCUCCCCUCCCUCCUGUCCAGCGCACCCUGAGGCCUGGGCUGCUCCGUGCCUCUGGAGAGGGCCAUUCCGCUGUCCUGGUUGCUUCCUUCCCUUCCCACGUCCCCUUGUCUUUCUAGGGGGUGGAGCACUUGCUCCCCGCAGGGUGGGUGGGUUCCCAAGCCGUGUUUAGUGGGCGCCGGGUGUUCUCAGGGCUGGAGGCUGGGGCUGGCGGCAGCCUGAGGUGGGGUCAGGUAGGGAGAACGGUUGGCUGUUCUGGCCCGGGACCCUCCCAGCUCCUCACGGCUGCCCCCGGGGCCUGCGGGCACCUGUGUCCAACGCCUCGUCCUGGCUUCUCUGUUCUGACUUUCCUGGCGCAGCCACGCCUGUUUCCCUCCCCAGGGGUAGCCUCUGGAAGCUGCCCUUUGGGUGGACGCUGGGCUCCUGGGAGGGCCCCCCAGGGCUUGCUCACCAGCUGACUGGGUGAGACCUGCCUUUCCAGAGCUCUCCCUGGCUGGGAGGGGGCAGAGACUCGAGGAGGGGCUGGGGGCCACUGUGGUUGUGGAGAACCUGGAUUCCUCUCAGCAGUCUUACAUCCAGCCGCUUCUGCUCCCCCCUCACUGCUGCUUGCUUCUCUGCCUCCCAGCCCCUGUGGGCGGUGGGUGAGCAGGCCACGGAAGGGCCCAGAAAGCAGCAGCCCGUUCCAUUGUCCUCCAGCCUCCCUGAACUCACCCGUUAGCAUUCCGAGGUGAGGGAGUGAUGGCCCCCUAAGCCCAGGCUUUGGCUCUGAGGAUGGGCAGGGGCUGGGUGGGGCAGGCCCACCCGAGGGGUGAGGGGGUGCUGGCGGCAGUAUGCCAGUUCCAGAAUUUUCUUCUAGGGCUGCUCCCGGGCCUGGCUCUUGCAGACUCUCUCCUGCCCAAGCCCAGGCCUGCCCUUCUCCAUUACCCUGUCCCCCUAUCUGGAUCCACAUACCCUUUGGGAACGCGGAGCACCCGAGAAGCACAAUUCAGGGAAUUGACCCUCGGAUUGGGCCAGUGGCUGGGGCAGAGGCUGGGACAGGAGCCACAAGAGUCACAGAAAUCGUUUUCUGAGGAGAAGCCAGUGCCUGCCUCCCUCCCCGGGUCCAGACCAACACCUUCCUGGCUCCUCCAUCUCCGUGCCCCCUCGGGCCCCUCCAGCCCCUUGCACCUUCAUUGCUGUUUGGAUUAAAGCCUCUGUUUUGCACCUGU